GCGGAGCGUGAGCUCAGGAAGCCUUUCGAAGGACCAAAAUGAGCUUUUGUCUGUCGUCUAUGGCAAGAAAAAUAUCCAAACGUUGUUUUCACCCAAGUUGAUUGCGUCUCGUCCCCAGAAGAAAAGGAGAGAGUCCUGCUGCAGCGAGCACAGCUUUGAUCCACAGCAACUCUGACACACACACACACGCAGCCACUGGAAAACUGUCGGGAGACACAGUGAGAGAUCAUGACGACCCUGCUCGACCUGAAGAGUAGCGUGCUGAGGCAGGUGCAGAGGAGCCAGUCGCUGAGGAGCCGAAGGGAGCCGCCACCCACUGCCAGCAGCCCCCUCACGCACUGUCCUGACCCCUUACCUCGCAGGGUUUCUGAGGAGAGCGUGGAGUUCUUUGAGCGCGUGAAUGCCAUUCUUCAGAAACAGGGGAACAUGCUGCGGGCUGCGCAGGCUGAGUGCCAGAGAGGGGCCUGCACAGUCCCGCCGCCCCAAGAGCACGUGGACCAGGCUUUCAUCCCCGACAGAAUCAGAAGGACAGAGCUGGACCUGCUUUAUGAGGAAGCUGUGUACACUGUGGUCAACCGUGUGGGAGUGCCAUCAUCCGAACAUGUGAAAAGUGACGAAGAGCUGUUUGCUUACUUGCUGAAGGUGUUUGAUAUGGGCGAGGAGGAGCAUGAUAUCAUUCUACAGAAAGUUCAAGAAUCCAAGCGAGCCAGCUUUUCCUUGAGAGUUUCUGUCAUGAAAGCAAAGAGUCUGAUGGCCAAGGAUGCAAAUGGUUACAGCGACCCCUACUGCAUGCUGGGAAUCCUGCUGGGCCAGAGCCCACGGGAGAUGGAGGAGAAGAAAGAGAGAAAGUUCAGCUUCAGGAAGAGAAGGGAGAAGCUGGAGAAACGCUCCAGCACCAAGGAGGUGCUACCUGCCAGGUGUAUCCAGGUGACCGAGGUCAAACCGGAGACUCUCAACCCGGUGUGGGACGAGCACUUUGUGUUUGAAAUAGAUGAUGUCCACAAUGACCUCUUACAUCUUGACAUAUGGGAUCAUGACGACGACGUGUCUGUUGCUGAGGCCUGCAAAAAGCUCAAUGAAGUCAGUGGACUUAGAGGAAUGGGCAGGUAUUUCAAGCAGAUAGCAAAGUCAGUGCGUGCCAAUGGAUCUGCAUCAUCGGGCUCUGAGGAGAACGCAGAUGACUUCCUCGGAUGCAUCAACAUCCCUUUGAAUGAGAUCCCAGUUAUUGGCUAUGACACCUGGUUUAAGCUGGAGCCUCGAUCGAGUACAUCUAAAGUUCAGGGCGAAUGUCACCUGAUACUGAAGCUCUUCACCAGCCAGAGAGACACAACUUUGUCUAAGAGAGAAUCAAAUGUCUCUAUCCACAAGAAACUGCUGAGUCAGAUUGUGGAGUAUGAGCACGCUCAUGUUAAGCGAGAGCCCUACAACUGGAACGGGCAGGUUUGUCCUCCAGCGUGGACCGUACUGACUCACCAUGCUGUGCAAACUGAUCUCUCACCUCUCCAACAGGCCAUUAUUCGCUGGCAGUGCUACAGCAGCCACCAUCGGACCCAGAGGGUGUGCUACUCCCUGCUGCUGCGCCUCCUGAGGACCAUCGAUGCAGAGUGGGACCCCACUGCUGUGAGGGGAGACCUAGAGAGGCAGCUGUCAGACAGCUUCAGGCUGUACACAGAGCACUGCCUGUGCCUGAUGAAGAACAUGCGUCAGGUUUUCCCGUGCACCAGCGCUGCUGCCAUUACACGCUACGAGCUCAUGCUGAGGGGGAUUGGCUACAUGCAAAACAUGCGGGCCUUUAAGACUGUAUGUCCUCUUCGAAAUGAACUGCAUCUGGACAUCACUACUGCUGCCAAGAAAGGAACUGCGGAGUGGUAUGAGAACUUAAUUGCACAAUAUAAACCAGAGGAAGGGACUCUGGAGGAGCAGCUGAAGAAGCUGGUUCAGGUGGUUGAUGCUGCGUGUGCAGACGUACAGAGAGCCCAGAACAUCUACAACAAACUCUUCUACAGUGCGGUAAAAGUAGAUUUCUUCAGCAUAUCAUACAGACAGUUGGAGAAACAGGUAGCCGAUGAUGUAAAUGUAGCGAUGGAGCGGGUUUGUGGGACUCUGGAGCAGGAGAGCUCCAGACUGACUCAGACAAUGGGAGAGACCAUCUUUGAGCUCUUCAUGUCCUUGAAGAUCCUCAAAGGCUUUCGGGAGUUUCUUCCUCUCAAGGAUGCUAAAAUGUUGGCCCUGACGGGCUUUCAUAACUGGUUCAAGUCCUCGAUUCAUAAGUGGCUGCAGAUCGUUCAUGACAGAUCCUGUGACAGAAUUCGUAAAGCAGUGGAAACAGACAAGCUCGAGCCGGUGCAGCAGGUCAAACACAGCUCCUCAGCUGUAGAGGUGACAACAUGCUUCAGCCAGGUACGCGAGAUCUGGCUCCAGCUGGCCUGGCCAGACUCUGCGGGGGCCUUCAUCUUUGUCACUCGUUUGACAGACAAUUUCUGUAGUGAAGCUGUGUGCUACUCAGAGAUGAUAACACGCAAGAUUGAGAGAAACCAGCUGGGCCGAGACCACAAGAGCUUCACAGUGCAGCUCUGCAUCGCCCUGAACAACACAGAGCAUGUGCGAGUUUUCCUGGGUCACCUGCCUCGUGACCUGGACUGGCAAGGUGUGGAGCGGGCCAUGGAGGAGUCCUGUGGGGUGGAGGGGAAGGAGCAGGUUUGCAAGGCUCUCAAUGGGCAGCUGUUCAACGUGGACCUGGACCUGCAGAGAGAAGCCAAACGUCUCAUCACGCUGCUCACUGACAAGAUGCUGCCGGAGCUGCGAAGGUACAUCCAGCACAUCAGCCUCUCUCCAGACUCAAUCAACAACGAUGAUGCUGUGUCUCCUCUUAUGAAGUACUUACAAGACACUAUGGUCAUCCUCACUGAAAACCUUGUGAAGGAGACUCUGACUAGGGUUCUCCAAAGCAUGUGGGAGCUGCUCCUGCGGAUGAUCCUGGACGCUGUCGCAGAAAACAGAGGUGUUCAGGUGGAGUUCUACAACCGCUUCCAGUACACAGUGGAGACCCUGUUGCAGUUCCUGCAUGCCAAGGGAGAGGGUCUUUCCCUGGAAGACAUGAAGAGUGGAGACUAUAAGGUCCUGGAUGAGGAGCUGAGGCUGAAUAAAUGUUCCUCCUUUGAGCUGAUUGAACAGUACUAUCUGGAGAAGAUUUCCCACCAGAAAACACUCAAACACACCCGUUAUGGUCGGAUCAGUGUAAAGUGCUACUAUGACGCUCCGGAGCAGAGACUGACGGUGGAGAUUCUGCACGCUGCAGAUAUCCUGGCGCUGGAUGCUAAUGGUCUGAGUGACCCAUUUGUCAUAGUGGAAAUCUGUCCUCACCACCUCUUCCCUAUGGCCAAGAGUCAACGCACACAAGUGAAACUGAAGACCCUGCACCCAGUUUUCGAUGAGCUCUUUUACUUCCACGUCAGUCCGGAACAGUACAGACACAGGUUUGCCUGUUUGACCUUCACUGUGAUGGACUAAGACUGGCUUUCCACCAACGACUUUGCCGGUGAAGCCGUGGCUCCUCUCAGCGACUUCUGCUGGCCGGGGAGACCGAACGCCUCAGCUGCCGGCAAAAGCGUCCAGCCUGUCAUUCUCCACCUGUCUCGCAGUAAACCCAGUGAAAAGCCAAUCAUGAGGAUGCUGGACGCUCGCAUCGGAGACAGGGAGGCUCAGGAGUUUGUCCGCAGGCUGAAGGAGAUUGAGAAGUCAAUGGAGGAGGAGUAAAAGCUGUCAGCGCUGCCUGUGUUGGUGUUUUCUGACCACGUCUUGCGACAUGUGCUUUUGUACCGGUACGAUGUUUACAAUAUUUGAAUUUUUAUUUCCAAUGUUAUUGUUUGUUCAGUAAUUAUACCAAAAUGAAAAGAUAAAAAAAGAAAGCAGUGAAGCAUAUCACUGUUUUCUAACUGGGAGAUGAACAUCCUGUCACUGUGCAACCUUAUGCUGUCUCACUUAAACUAUAUUUUAGAAUUGAAUGGAUAGUUAAUCCUAAAUGUUACUAGUCUAUAUUUUUUGUAAUUAGGUAAUUGUUAUAUUUGUUGUAUGAUCUUUGAUAUGAUAGAUUCAGAAUUAUUUUGUGGAAGUAGCUUAUGUAUCCAAUAGUAUUCAGUCAAAGUCUAAAUCUAUACCUCACAUUAGUUGCAGGGGAGUUUAACAGGUAUUGAGACUUUUCACACUGUCUGUGGAUAUUGUGGAGAUAAACUGCAUGAAAGCCUAUUUAGGAUGUGAAAGCUUGAACCCACACUGAUUUUCCUGAUUACACAGUGGGGUACUAACAAACAGGUAUGAAUAAAAAUACCUGUCAUGAAGGAAAUCAUGAAGACACACAUAGCUUUGGGGUAUUGCCCUUUCUGAGACUGGGUGUUUUAAGGUCAGUCCGACAGCUCAGCAGCAGGGAGGCCUAACACUCCCCUGAGGCACACGCUACAGUUCGGGUUCAUUCGACUUUUCAGAUUGCUCUUCGCAACGCUCAUGAUGGGUCAUUGAAGAGGCCAAAAAUCUUGUAGAGGGAGGACAAAUUCGUUUUAUUCACUUCCUUCCUGUAGUCUGAUGUCAGUGAGCUGACGUUUUGCCGGGAACAGCACACUGAUUUAAAGUUGUACAAAGUCAGCACAUUGACAGAAACAAAUUAAUCUGUCACAUGUUGAAGAGGAAAAUGUGUUGAACAAUGAACAGGUUCAUUUAGAGAACUGAUAUCCCAAUGAGGAAAUGACUGAUCUUUGUACUGCUUCAAUCUGUGUUGUCAAUUUAACAGUUAAUGAGCUACCAAUCCGUAUGUUAGCAACUGAAACUCAAUCAUACAGCACUGAGGAGCCUCCAUGUAAUAAUAAGCAUGUUUGGGUGUCAUCAUGAAACCACCAAUACUUUUCUGAUGUCUGAUUCAUAAAUAGGAAGCUACUGCCAGCUGCCACGUAACUUAGCUUAGCACAAAAACUGGAAACAGGAGAAACAGCUAGCCUGUACAGUGGUCACAAAAUGUGCCUACUAGCACCUGUAAUGUUCAUUAAUUAACAUUGUUUUUAUAAUAAGAACUGAUGUGUUUCCGUUAACUUAAAAUGAGCUGUUUAUAUCUACAUAUUGAGCGGGUCCUCUUCCACGGAGUCCACCAUGUUGUU